UGUUCACUGUGACAUGCAGGGUUGUUUGAGUCAUGACAGAUUUACCGUGUCUCUCUUGCUCCAAAAAGAACCAGACCGAAAAUGAAUUCGCCAACCACUGUCUCACUGCAGGGCUGGGAGGACAAGUCAAGCGACAAGAUGGAGUACAAAUACGACACUGGACUAGAACUUCUACUGGCUCACAUGAACAUAGAGGACAUCCUUAACGCCGUGGAGACCCUCUAUCACAUCGAGGACGGAGAGGAAAGGGAGGAAGAGGGAGGCUUGUCAUUUGAAGAAGGUUUCUCCCAGGAGGAGAUGGAAGAGAUGGAAGAGGCAGGGGACUUGGAGAAGUUAGAAGGCUUGGGGAGUCAGGAGAACGGUCCCGGUGGUGAAGAUGGUGGUGUGAGGUAUGGGACCGUGUCGGACCUCCUGUCUUUUGUCAACCGCAUCUCUGAUAUGCAGCGAAUUGCGCUGCAGCACCUGCCUGAGGAGAUGGGAGUCCUGCUGAAUAAGAAAGAUAUGGCUAUCAAGAAUGGGCGCUACCAGGUCGAUAUUGAAGUGGUCCUUUUUCCAUGGAAGUUGACCUACAAGAAUCCUGGCUCCAGUCUUGUGCCAAAGGGUGCCUUUGGGAAAGUCCACCUGGCUCAGGACACUAAAACCAGGAAGAGAAUGGCAUGCAAACUGAUCCCUAUGGAGAACUUCAAAGCCGCCGAUGUAGAGAUCCAGGCCCGCUUCCGCCACGAGAACAUUGCCGAACUCUAUGGCGCUUUAAUGUGGGACCAACACGUCCACCUGUUCAUGGAAGCAGGUGAAGGUGGCUCAGUUCUGGAGAAGCUGGACAGCUGUGGGCCAAUGAGGGAGUUUGAGGUCAUCUGGGUGACCAAGCAGGUUCUCCGAGGCCUGGAGUUCCUGCACUCUCACAACAUCAUUCACCAUGACAUCAAACCCAGUAACAUUGUCCUGAUGUCAGACAAGGCAGUGCUGGUUGACUUUGGCCUGACAGUACAGAUGACAGAGGAGCAAUACAUGCCAAGGGACCUACGGGGAACAGAGAUGUAUAUGAGUCCCGAGGUGGUCUUGUGUCGGGGGCAUAACACCAAGACCGACAUCUACAGUCUGGGUACCACCAUCAUCCACAUGCAGACGGGUAGCCCCCCCUGGGUCAAGAGAUACCCACGCACUGCCUACCCAUCCUACCUCUAUAUCAUCCACAAGCAGGCACCUCCUCUAGAGGACAUAGCGGAGGACUGCAGCCCAGUCAUGCGCUCCUUCCUGGGGCGGGCCCUGGAAAGGAACCCUGCUCUGCGCAGCUCAGCCACUGAGUUGCUGAGGGAUGAGGCCAUCAACCCUCCCAGGGAGGAGCAGCCACGCUGCUGGAGCCUGGACUCGGCUCUGGGGGAGCCCAACCACCCAAUGCUACGCCAGCACAGCCAGCAGCCAGACACCACACAGGAAUCUUCCCUGUUUUCAGAGGACUCCGGUCACAUGAGGAGAAAGGGCUCCCUGUACAUUGACCUGGGCGCCAUGGCGGGCUACUUUAAUCUCGUGCGAGGACCCCCUGACACAGAAUAUGGCUAACAGCUGAGCACGGCUAACGUCUGACACGGAUAAAGUAUAAAUGAAGCCAUGCUUUAAUUCAGUAUGAGCCGCCUGUGUUAACAUGGCUGACUCAUUACUGUCAGAGGACUGACUGAAUCACCCGGCAUGAUGAUAGUCACUUGGUGACCAGCUGUGAGCAUCUGGAAAACAUUCGCAUACUGAAGGGAUGGAGAAAGGCUCUCGUUGUUUUUGCAAUGGACGGAGGAGUGACUUCUUAAAAGUCAAAGACAGAGUUAUAACAACACUGCGGGACAGUAGUUGAAACAGAUGUGGCGUUCAGCAUCUUUGUGUUACAUUUCCUUUGUAUUUUUAGCUGGUUACUUACUAUAAUGAUGUUUUGUGAAUAAUUUAUUGCAAUGACAAUAAACCAAUAUGUCGCUACAUGUUGUACAAGUUUGCUUGUCAAGGAAAUGUGGAUUUUAGGCAUUAUGAUUCAGACACAUUUGUCCUUUCUAUCAUUAAAACUGUAAAACUUAUGUGAGAAUAUGUGUGCACUGUGCAAAUUGUAUGAUUUCAUAUGUAGUUCUUCAUGAACUAUAUUGAGUACAUUCCUGAGGAAUUUUAAUAAUAUUAUCAUCGUAAUUGCUGUGCAAAUUACAGUUUUUAUAGGCUGCAUAUAAUAAAUGUACAUCCUGUGAAUGUAAAGCAUUAUGGCUUGUGCAAAAAAUUUUAUUUCUGGCAUCCUUAUUUGUGUAAGUACUGAAAGUGGCUGAUGUAUGAAUGUUGCAUUGAUGUACCAUUAUGUCAUGCUGUCAAUAAAAUGGA